AUGUACAUAUCCCUCUUUCCCAACAACCAGGAGGAUGAUGAGGAAGAGAGUAGUGAGUCGGUGACCAAGGGGGAGAUGGAGAAGGGUGACGAGGAAGAGGAGAGUACGGAGGAGAAUGGAGGAGAAGAGGAGGAGAGCUUUGAAGAGGGGCAGCGGCCGGAUGAGGGAAUAGAGGAGGAGCAACUGCUAGAGGAGAUAGGGCAGCCUAAGAAGAAGGCAAAGGUGGAAGGAGAGGAAGGCGAGGAGGAGACCCCUAGUAAGAAUCUCGCGUCCGAGACCACCCUCGAUAUAUGGGACGACAGCAACAUGUUGUUCUUCUUGGAGAUGGGAGUGGUUGAUCCGGCAUUGAGCACGGUGGAGAAGAGGAGGGUGAGAGCAAGGGGAAAGAACUUUGAGUGGAGGGAUGGGAGGGUGCUGAAGAAGAUCAAAGGGGAGUUGAAGCCGGUACCACGGAAGGAGGAGAGGAGGGACAUCAUAGCAUUUCUUCAUGGGUUGGGGCAUUUGGGGGUGCCAAGGACCACGGACUUGGUGAAGAAGCAGUAUGAUUGGUAUGGAGUGGGGAGUGAUGUGACGGCAAUUGUGAAAGGGUGUGCCACGUGUGUGUUCCAAAAGGGAUCUUGGACGGCGAAGGGAGAGUUGCAGCCGGUACUGGUCACGAAGCCGUGGGAGAGGGUAGUGAUAGACUUCAUCGGGCCUCUCCACACAACGGCAAAGGGAGGGAACAAGUAUGUUAUCUCGGCCAUGGAUCACUUCACCAAGUGGCCGGAGUGUAAGCCGGUGAGGAGUGCAGAUGCGGCAACAGCAGCGGCAUUUGUAGCAGAGAAGAUCAACUCCAACCAUGGCUGCCCAUUGUAUGGGCGCCACCCAAACAUCACGCGCACCACCAUGUCGGAGUUUGAGGCGCGGGAGCUGUCGGAGUUGUCCACAGAGGAGGAAGCGGAUGCGGUAGCCAGGUAUCUCUAUAGAAGGUCCUCGGAUAUGGAGCUGGUGUUAGCUCAGGCAGUUGGGAACCAUGAUAGGCCGCAGGAGAAGCAGAAGCUAGAUUUUGACUUGAGGAGGACAACGGCCUUAGAGAUGGAGAAGUUGGUGAAGGGGGACUUUGUCCGCAUCAAGCCAAGUAAGAGGGUGGCAUGGGAGAAGCAGACUAAUAAGUUUAAGACGCUGUUCAGGGUGAAGGAGGUGGAGCAGUUCGAUGUAGUGUUGGAGGAUAAGGCGGGAGCUUCAUGGAAGGAGUCUCGUGAGAACGUGAAGCUGGUGAAGUUCUGGUUGGUGGAUUGUUUCAACAUGAGGACAUGGGUCGUCGUCUUGCCCGAGUUGGGAUUUCGACAGGGGGAUGUGGAGGGGCUGGAAUUCUUGGACCUAUGCAUCGAUUGGGAAGAGUUUUGUGAAGAGUACUUCUUGGCAGAGUUCUUCAAGGUGAUGUUGGAGGGGAGUGAAGGAGUACCUCGAAUGCAGCCGAUAGACAGGGACGACCCACGGCUUGGAGGGAGGACUUUGGAUGUGAGGAAAGGUGGAGCUAAGUUGGCCAUACGGUUUGGGUGGGCAUCACGGGAGAUCACAUGGGAGGAUCUGAAGUAUAUCACGGAGGUGCGGAUGGCUUACAGAUGGUGUGUGGAGAGACAGAAGGUGGUGCCACGGCAUGAGGAAGAGGGAGAGGCGUUCUUAGUGCCUUGGCCUUUGAUUGGGGUGGGCACGGACUACGAGAUAGCGGAGCAGCCAUGGGACAUACAUCUUCCUAUCCCUAAUAACUUCCUACCCCACUUCAACGAGAAUUCCAAUCUUCUUCAUAUCCUCCCUCACCCCUAUCUCACUAACCAUUUCACCCGCUCUUUCCCGAACCCCAUGGACCCCUACUACGGCUACGAGACAUGCCCCUUAUGGAUGCCUACCCUAAACCGCGACAUCUACAUCUUAGACGGGUACCACCCCCAUCGAGAUCAUCUAUACGACUCCGACGACUACCUAUCUUCUGAAUCUUCCGACUAUGGAUAUUCCCCAUCCCCUCCGCGACCUCCUACACCUUACUCUCCUGCCCUAGAUUCUGAGCAUGAUGAACCAACCAUUCCCUCCUACCCCUCGUAUACCCUCAUCCGACAUGAACCAACUACCCCACCUUCCUCACCUCCCUCUACCCCCAUCAUCUUACCUCAUUCCCCACCCCCAUCCCCUUCUUCUCCUACCUAUACCCCCUUCUCACCUGAUUCACCCACUUCUCUCCUUCCACCCCCUGAGGAAGACUAUGCCCUGGCUAGGUAUGUGGUGAUGGUACCCAUGGGAUAUGAGUUUGAGCAUGGAGAGAUCUUCUUGGCACCAGAUGGCACUAAGGUUCAGCGUGCAUGGCAGGUUGAGUGGGUGAGUGGACCAGUUGUGGUGGAGUCACAUUAUCUUUUCUAA